UUCUCUCUGUCGAGUUUUUUUAUUUAUUUUUUUUUUUUUGAGCAAUCAGUUUCUUUCCUUUUCCUCUCUGCUGCUCAGCCUGAGAGAUGUCGUACUAGCAUUUCUUCUUCUUCUUCUUCUUCUUUUUUUUCAUUCAUUCAUUCAUGUUCCCUUUUUACGUCCCAUCAUCACUCUUUCCUUUCUCCCCAUUAAACAAACACGACCUUCCCUUCAACCUCUUCCAAGCUCAUCUCUUUCUCUUUCAACCCUAGCAUGAACUAAUCAAACAGAUACCCCUAGUGAAACCCAUCGUUACUUCCGUAAUUAAUUCAGAUAUAUACCCAGCUGAUCAGAACUAGGUAAACAAAGCCCGAUCGUUACUAGUAUAUAUAAUUACCGCCAUCAAUCCAUGGACUCAGCCUCUGCAGCUGGCGGGGGCGACCGGACCGGGGGUGAACCGGGUUCGUCAGCGGUUGGGUCAUCGUCAUCGGUGGGAGCUUCGGCCGCGGCUGCUUCUGCUGCACCAGAGAGCUCGUCCUCUCCGGCUCCACCGAGCCGGUACGAGUCACAGAAGCGGAGAGACUGGAACACGUUCCUGCAGUACUUGAAAAACCACAAGCCUCCAUUGACGCUGGCUCGCUGCAGCGGGGCGCACGUGAUUGAGUUCUUGAGGUACUUGGAUCAGUUCGGGAAGACGAAGGUGCACGUGGCGGGAUGCCCGUAUUUCGGGCACCCGAACCCGCCAGCCCCGUGCGCCUGCCCUCUAAAGCAAGCGUGGGGAAGCCUCGACGCGCUCAUCGGACGGCUCAGGGCGGCCUACGAGGAGAACGAUGGGCGGCCCGAGUCGAACCCGUUUGGGGCUCGGGCCGUGAGGAUUUACCUGAGGGAGGUAAGGGAAGGGCAAGCGAAGGCCAGAGGGAUCCCUUACGAGAAGAAGAAGCGAAAACGGCAUGCCGUUUCGCAGGCGAAUGCGUCGGUAGCUGCGAGUACUCAAGUUGGUGGGGCAGGUGGGUCGAGUACCGCCGGCGUUGGUGGAGCAGAGGGUGGUGCUGAUGGUGUAGCUGUUGGUACCGCGGCUGCUGCUAAUGCUACUCCUACUGCCAUAUAGGUUUUUUUAAACAAUAUAAUUAUUAAUCUAUAUUUCUGGUUAAAUUAAAUGUGAUUAUGAUGAACUACAAUCAUAUACUAUGGAUCCCAUGAACGAAUUUAGCUAGAAAAUCUGCUCAAAAAAUUUUCUUUC